CGCUCGUCUUACCGGGAAGUGAGGGGCGUUCAAGGACCACCACGACUGUAGAUUUUUAAGGCAUACUCAGCGCCUACUGCACGUUUAACUCGGUGACGAGAGCCGUUCGAUGAACCGUUUUUAAACACAGCAAAUGGUGGUAAAUCCCGCAGUGCAACUGGUUGCCAGUUUAGGUCACGGCUGCCAAUAGACCCAUCCCCUCUUGUCAGGCAGCGGUUAGGGAGGAGUCCAGGUUUCCACCCCUUCGUGGACUAGUGUGGCGGCGGCAGCAGCAGCAGUACAGCUAAGGGACUAAAAUCGGGAAUGGCCCCUGUCGCAUUGGACACGCAGGUGUUGAAAUAUCCGUGUGGUUUCGGCUCUUUAAUAUAACGCUUUAGCGCGCGUUUGUUUUCCACCUCCAUGGGCCACGACUACUUCCUGGUGCCACAGCGAGAGGCAGUGCUGAGUUGAGAGAGAGCAGAGAGAGAGAGUGGGGCCGGAGAUAGCAGCGUUUGGCUAGGAUUCACGGACAUUUCAAAGGCCUCUCAUCUCUUAUUUAUUUCUACCAUUUUAAAAAUCACAUUUCCAGUCUGCCAUCUCGGUCUUUCCCCUCUCUUCUCUCGGCUGCGUCGUACACCACCAGGCGGAUUGGAUGACGCUCGGCUGCGGCUAAAAGCGGAAUCUUAACGGGGAGCGGAUUCCUCCCUUUCCCGAGAAGCCGCUCAGACAGAGAUUCUUUUUUUUUUUAAACACUUGACUCAUUCCGUCACAAUUGUUAAAGCCGGGUAUUGUCAUUUUUUGUUUUUUUUACGUUUUUUGUUGGUGAAGGAAGGGCGACGGAAGAUGGGUUGUUUAGGCAACAGCAAGACUGAAGACCAACGCAUCGACGAGAAGGCUCAGCGAGAGGCUAAUAAAAAGAUUGAGAAACAGUUGCAGAAGGAGAGACAAGCGUACAAAGCCACACACAGGCUCUUAUUGCUGGGUGCUGGAGAGUCCGGAAAAAGCACCAUUGUGAAGCAGAUGAGGAUUCUCCACGUCAACGGCUUCAACGCAGAAGAAAAGAAACAGAAAAUCCAGGACAUUCGGAAAAACGUGAAGGAUGCCAUAGUGACAAUAGUGUCAGCGAUGAGCACUUUAAUACCCCCCGUCCUGCUAGCCAACCCAGAGGACCAAUUCAGAAUCGAGUACAUCAAGAGCAUAGCACCUCUCUCCGACUUUGACUAUUCCCAGGAGUUCUUUGACCAUGCAAAGAAGCUGUGGGACGAUGAAGGGGUGAAGGCAUGCUUCGAGAGGUCCAACGAGUACCAGCUCAUCGACUGCGCACAAUAUUUCCUGGACAGAAUUGACUCUGUAAGGCAGAGCGACUACACACCAACAGACCAGGACCUGCUACGCUGCCGAGUGUUAACUUCAGGGAUUUUUGAGACGAGGUUCCAAGUAGACAAAGUCAACUUUCACAUGUUUGAUGUUGGCGGCCAGAGGGAUGAGAGGAGAAAAUGGAUCCAGUGCUUUAACGACGUCACGGCCAUCAUCUUCGUGGUGGCCAGCAGUAGCUACAACAUGGUCAUAAGGGAAGACAACAACACCAACCGGCUACGGGAAGCCCUGGACCUCUUCCGCAGUAUUUGGAACAACAGGUGGUUACGCACCAUCUCCGUCAUUUUGUUCCUGAACAAGCAGGACAUGCUGGCCGAGAAGGUAUUAGCUGGAAAAUCCAAAAUUGAAGACUACUUCCCCGAAUAUGCCCGCUACACCAUACCAAAUGAAGCAAAUCCUGAACCCGGCGAGGACCCCAGAGUGACAAGAGCAAAGUUCUUCAUCCGAGACGAGUUUCUGCGGAUCAGCACGGCGAGUGGCGACGGGCGACAUUACUGCUACCCGCACUUCACCUGUGCCGUGGACACGGAGAACAUCCGACGGGUAUUCAACGACUGCCGGGACAUCAUCCAGAGAAUGCACCUUCGGCAGUACGAACUGUUGUGAUGGGAGCACGUCCCGUCUCUCUUCCGCCAUUCUGUAUCCUCCGCCACCAACCCCCCCCCUGCUGUGGAGGACAAUGAAGUACUACUGAAGUGUGUCAAAUCCUCUUCUUUGCUUUUUAUGAUUAUUCUAAUAAUGAUGGAUGGAUUGAUUUGACUUAGCUUAUUAUUUUCAUGUUUCCUUUUGAAGGCCUUGAUUCAUCAUUCCACUAAGCUUCACCCUACCUCCUUUCUUUGCCCCCCCCUUCCUUUUUUUUGCCUUCUCAUUGGACCUGAACACAUACAGGAUGUCUGUCUGUGUGUGUGCGUGCAUGCGUCUAUCACCCGCCUCCGCCCCCUUUGUGUGUCACCCCUCCAACUCCCCCUCCACCUGCUCACGUGCAACCAUAGAAUAUGGAUGAAGAGUUAAAUGCACUUUUGCAUCAACUUGUUUUUUUUGCAGUACAUUGCUGGUUGUCCUGAGGAAGCACACACACACAGACACACACACACACACACACACACAAUGUAGCAUCGCAUAUUUAUUCCUCGCCACCAUGUUAGCUUUGGAGCGACACAUGCGGAGUGAGGGGAGGGUGCAAUGAAAAUAAAUGAAGGAAAAGCGAGUGAGCUACAUGAACCUUUUAGCCUUUUAAGGCCCCCCCCUUUCCCCCCCGAACACCUCCAGACUCUGACCUCCUGCUGACCCUCCUAAACACACACACAUACACACACACACACACCCAUCCUUCUAGCAUACCUGGUGGGAGGAGAGAAAAGUGUAUUUUUGUUGUUCUUGUGUUAACUUGUACACUGUGCAAGGUUGAAUGAUGGUGUACAGACUGUAAAAUGUAAUAUUAUUUUGUACAACUUGAUUGAAAGAAAAACAAAUCUACUUGUAGAUCUUUGUGCCUUGAUUAUGGCUGUACCUGUAAAUGAGCUCAGAUGUAAGUAUGUUUUGGACUGCGCUGUACAGCUUGAUGUCAAACUCUUUCCGGGCAGCAGAGGACUUUCUGCUGGCUGGGGGACUUUCUCUGUAGACUUUAGUUUUUUUCUGGUUUAUAAAAAAAAAACACACACAAAAGAGGAAAUGCUCUUUAUUAAAUAAUACAAAAAAUAGGGAAAGAAUCCUUAAAAAGCUGUAUACAUUAUGCAAAUUAACCACUUACCUGCAGAGAGGACCAUGCCUUUUCCUCUUUCUUUUGAAUUUUAUUUUUAUUUUUGAUUUGAUCAUUGCUUUAAACAAACAUUGGAAAUCCAUUGAAAGUGUCCAAAUUGCAAACUGGUGUUGUUUUGAAUAGGAGCCAACAUUCUUGUCUCUUUUUCCUUUCAAGUGCGUCUGAGAUCUUUACUGAUGUGCGUGCCUGUGCACGUGUACGUAAGACAACAUGGACUCAAAUGAAGUGUGUGCGUGCGUGCGUGCAAGGAGAGUAUGUGUAAAGAAUUUUAUAAAUGUAUGUACAUGUAAAUUUAUAGGUCUAUAUAAAUAUAUAUGUACAAUUAUACAUGUUUGUGUGUGCCUAGGUGUACAUACCUAUGUAUGUAUACAGUAAAUAUGUAUACAUACACACAUAGGAAAGCAUGUUUAGAAUGGAGAGGAAUAAAUGAGAGUGUGCAAUAUUAGUAAUUUUUUGGUCCUUUGGGAGCCAUAUGCGACGGCACAGGCACUAAUGAAUGUGUGAGCAGCACCCGACGAGACGAGACGAGACGAGCUCUUCUUCUUGUACAAACAGCAUCAGCCCCCACCCCACAACCCCCCAAAAAUAAAAUAAAAUAAAGCGUGACCACCGAGUGACUGGAGGUGCCAAACACCUCGUUUGGGUCCGGGAGGAUGAUGAAUUGAUAUUUUUAUUUUUCUUUAAAUAAAGAGGCACAUUAGAGGA